CAUUUUUACCUUCCAAUACAGUCCCAAUGGAUUAUCAGCGGUUAUUGAAUUGUCCUCUAAUCUCCAUUCUUGGAUUUGGGUUUUUUUCUUAACCCCCAAGUUUCAGCGACAAUUUUCUUCUAAUAUUUAGCUUCAGCUCCUACAAAAUUCUAGUGUGCUCCCGAUCAAAGCCCAGAAUUUUUGGUCGCAGAUUAGGAAAGUGACUAAGAAAAGGAUACCCACAAAUCGAUUUUCGUAUAAAAAGAACUGAACAAGUAGAAAAUGGAAGCAAAGAUUGGGAAAUUCUUCGAGUCAGUCGGUGAUUUUUUCACCGGCGGCGAUCAGAUCCCUUGGUGCGAGCCUGACAUCAUCGCUGGCUGUGAACGUGAGGUUGCUGAUGCUGAGAAAGGUUCCUCUGAUGAACUUAAAAGUCAAUGCAUCAUGCGAUUGUCUUGGGCUCUUGUUCACUCAAAAAGGGCAGAGGACGUCCAACGUGGGAUAGCGAUGCUUGAAGCUUCCUUGGCUGGAAGUGGCAGCAACCCACUACAAGCUAGGGAAAAUCUCUAUCUUCUUGCUGUUGGAUACUACAGAAGUGGAGAUUAUUCAAGAAGCAGGCAGCUUGUUGAGCAUUGUUUAGAGGUAGCACCUGACUGGAGGCAAGCCUUGACCCUAAAGAAAGUGAUUGAAGAUAAAAUAAAAAAGGAUGGAGCAAUUGGCAUCGGCAUUGCUGCAACUGCAGUUGGAGUUUUGGCUGGUGGCGUUGCAGCAGCAGUGGCAGCAGCUCGCAAGAAAUAAUCUACAGUGCAUUAUGUCUUUGUUGAAAUUCAUGUUAUCUGCCUGUAUUUGCCGUUUUCGUUUAUGUAAAAUCUUGUAGUAGUUAUAAUCAAGGUGCUUCCUCGUGCAUUAGGUACAAAUCUUUUAAUACCAAGAAAAGAAUAAUGAGUAUAACCAGCUUCUUUCUUUGGUUA